AUGUCUUCUACAUCUGAACGCGUUUAUAAUGAAACUUCUACAUCUGAACUCGUUUAUAAUGAAACUUCUACAUCUGAACGCGUUUAUAAUGAAAAAUAUCCUGGAUUUAAAAGACUUCAUGAUUAUUUAAAGCAAUACAAAAUUAAAUCUCUUCUGAGUUUUUUAGUUAAUUGUCGAGACAUGAUCAUUGAUACUACUUCGGUUACUUCAAACUGGAGAGAUCUUAACAAUUCAUGGAAUACCCGUUUCAUAAAUGAAGCUCAAACAUUAUUAAACCCAGAAGAUUUUAAAAAUUUAAGAGAUAAGGCCAGUUCAGAUCAAGAACGGCAUGCAAAAAAUUUAGAGAAUUAUUGGAAUAAAGUUAUUUAUGAAUGUAACAUAAAAUAUGACAUCUUAGAAUACAAACGAGAGAAAGAGCGUGUUAUUCGUAUGCUAUCUGAAAUAGAAGAAAAAAUAAAAAGGAAAGAAGAAGAUCUUCUUAAGAGCUCAAAUGAAUGGAAAACGCUUAUAAAACAUAAAGGCUCAGUUGGUUUGUAA